AUGAUACUGUCCAGCAGUGCACGGCGCAUAUCUACAUGCAGCAGUGAACCACGCAGGUCUAUAUGCAGCAUUCGCGGGAUAAAUGUUAGCGAUCUCACAUAUCAGUUUCUUCUCCUUCUCGCUGCCAGCCCGAGCCAGUCGCUCCCUACCUUACUGUUCACGAGACCCUUUUCGGCUCCUCAAACUGUCAACCAGAGUACCACAAAGUUGACGAGAUUUGAUCGACUAUUUCGAAAAGACAAAUAUGAAGGCGAGGUAUAUAUUGAACCAGAGCAGAACAGGCCGCCGCUAUCGAUGCCUGGAUACGACUGGCAAUACGGCGCCCAUCAACUCGGAUCUGAGCUGGAAGCAUUGAGACGUGAACAACACGUGGAAGUCACACACCAGGAAGAGAUCACCUUUGUUGAGAUGUCGCAUGAUACUCGACAAGAGAUAUGGCUGGUAUUUGCAAAAGAACCCAAAUUACACCGAAAGGUGCAGAGUCUACUUUGCACUUUCAUCCUUCUUGCACUCCCAGUACCGUAUGCUGAGCCACUUUGGGAGAUGACGUCAUUCGCCUGCAAGGACGUCAUUACUUCCACUCUACUGCCUUUUCUGUUCACAUCUCCUGGCUUGAGGGACUUUCAGCAAAACCUCAUGACGGAGGAAAUUUCCUGUUUACUCGUUUUCCAUCUAACGAACCUCGGCUUUGCGCUUGACGAUGCGCGAUGGGAUCUUUUAUUCGACAAUUCCCAAUCAUCAAACGUCAAAUCAUUUUUCAAGAUUCACAAGGAAAUAAGCUACCUGCUGGGUAUACCGAGCUCUGACCCGCAGGCUCAAAACUGGAAAAGCCCAAGGGAAUUCGACUUGCCUCAAACCUCACUCGGUGCCUCGCUUCUUGGAUUCACCAUUGCGCAAAUACCAUGGAAAUGUUCGAGUCCCACUCUGUGGGCAUAUUUCGAAACCUGGCGUUCAUGCUGGAGUAAUUCAUAUACAUCUCGAAAAACCGACCUUGAAAAGGUUGCGUACGCCGUCAUUUAUCCAGAGUCAAUCAAUGUAUCUGAGCUAGCGUCAAGCCUGCCUAGCCACUCCAUAUAUGCGUUGGCGAUAGGCCUAAGCCACUCAGGUCAUUUGGAAACGUCAUCAAGUCUCCUCAAAUUGGGUCUGCUCGGCCCGGCUCGCGACAAUCUGACCUCACAUGUCUAUGAGCUGCUUUUCGCUGAACUUUUGAAAUAUCUCACACUACUGGGCAAGGCAAAGGAUGCAUCCGACCUGGGCAUUGAAUAUCUAAAGGUAACUACUACUCACAAUGCAUAUGUUCCUAUUGCUACCACAGACGCCUUCAUCGCACUCGGCAAUUAUAAAACGGCACAAGAGCGUCUCCAAUACAUCCUAUCAGAUACAUCUCUUAGCUCAUUUGAAGAAAUCUGCCUAGUGUUGUGUCUGAACAAAAUCUGGAGGCGAAGACCUGAUCUGAUUGAACCCUGCGGUUUUGCAGAUAACCUUGCCCGGAUCGUCAAUUCGAUUAGGCGAGAAGACAACCAGAUCCAGGAAGACUACAUGACCGAGUUGCAAGCCACAGUGUAUCAUGUCAGAGGACAUGAAGAGCCUAUACCGCCAAGGUUACACACAGUAAUCGAGCAUACAUUGAAACUAUAUCGAGAAGACGAUGGUACACUUCAAAAACAGCGAGCAACUCUGGACGCGCUAAUAAAAACCGACAAUACUGCUUCUGAAUUCACAAUUAUAGGCGGUCGUAUUAUGACCAAGGAUACACCAAAACUUUUGCCAGAAAAAGAUGAUGCCCUUCCAAGGCAGCGAUCCACGACAGGCGCAUUACCCGAAACCAGGAACACUGUUUCCCCAUCUCAUGAUAGCCACGAUUUGAGGAAUAGUAACAAGCCUGGUGGUUCGGAUCAUGCUUUAGGCUUCAAUUCGCCUGCUCAGUCCAUUAUCGCCGGAUUGCUUGGGAAUAGCGCAACCUACUAUCUUUGGGUAAGUCCCUUAGUCAUCAGAUUGUUCGAUAAAGCUACAUUGAAACUGACGGAAAGUGAAGAUGCUGGUAGUACUGGCGGUUACUGGACGCUUUUGGUCCUGCAAAAACUAAUGGAAUUGAUCCGACGCGAAGAAACACACCACAUGGUACGAAGGAAACCACCCAGGGGUGUCACCCCAGCAUCUCGGUCCCAGCGUGAUACGAUCAUCAACUCCAGAAUAACCAGCGACUCUGUGCCAUGCCAUUACUUUGAUCUGAUUUGUGGCACAAGUACAGGCGGCCUGAUAGCUUUGAUGCUAGGCAGAUAUCUUAUGAGCAUCGAAGACUGCAUUUUACAUUACAUAGGAAUUGUAAAUCGUACCUUCGGCCAACCGAGGCCGACUGCAAUGCUACGUGUAGGUGUUUCAUCACAGUCCAAGUAUAGGACCCAGGAUAUGAGCGAUGCGAUUGACAAUUUUCUCGCCGAAAUCGACGACGAUGAAAGCUUGAAGACUGCUCCUGGGAGAUGUGCUGUUUUGAUUCCUGCUUUGUCGACUAUGACCGAAAAUAAAUUUUCCCUCGAAACAUUGCACCUCAUUCGUACUUAUGAUAACCCCAUAUCCGGCUCAUCAGAAAACAUGCAAAGCUCAAUUCCUUCCCAUUUCGGGCCAGCUAGCAGUUUCAAGAUGGGGGAGGUUGUUCACGCAAUUACAAUCGGACCAGUGGACGUGAGUAGGUCCAUGACAAGCAGCGAAGGAGAUAAGCCAAAAAGAGUUCUCUUAUCAGAAUUCCCCACCCGAAUGUCAUAUGAACCAUGUUUGAUAGCUUUGCACGAGCUUGAAAAGCUUUAUGGAGUAAAAAGGAUCGGAACCGUUGUCAGUAUUGGAGCUCUGAAGAAACCUGAGCGACGUUCUUUCCCCUACCAUAGGCUCAAGUUGGAUCCCCUACGUUAUGAAUUCCCAACGGCACCCAGAAUUAGCGGUAAAGAGCUUGAGAGCUACUGGCGAUUCGAGCACGCAGAAGGCGUUGAUAUAGAGCAUAAUGAGUGGAAGCCAAACGGCGUCAGGACGCGACAAAACAAGAUCGGCAAAGCAACCAUGUGGAAGAUUGAAGCAGCAUUCUACAGGUGGUCCGCUCAUUAUGAAAAUAUCUGUAACCUGGAGAAAUGUGCGAAAGAGCUGGUUGCAAUACGGAGACUCAGAAUGCUCGAUAAAGAGCGAUGGAAACGUUACGCGAGUGAAAACAGCUUUGCCGACCCUUGGGGUGAAGAGAGCUGCGUUCAAGAUCCGAGUGCUACUGUGGGGGGAGAUGAAGAACAAGGCGAAUCAACUGUAUGA